GGAGAAUGUAAGCGAUGCAAGAGAACGGUCACGCCGCAACAGCAGGGGACGGCGAUGAGGACAGUGGUGGCGGUGGUGGCAGUGGUGGUGGCGAUACGUUCACGUCGCCAAUGUCCCCCGAAACCGUUCCCGACGGCGACAACAACGACAACGAGGGUGGCGACAACAGCAAUGGGACGAGUGGUGCUGGGGGUGCGGUGUCGCUGCUGCGGCAACACGGCCACGCUGCGCCGCGCAUCUUCGCCACGGCGGUGAGCUGCGAUGGGCGCGUUGCCGUCGGCUGCGCCUUCAGCCUGGAGGUGAACAGGAAGCGGCGGCGGUACUCCAUUGCGCUGUACAGCUGCAACGGUGAGCUGCUUGCCGUCACCACGGAGAUGCAGCACAUUGCGGCCAUGGCGUGGAUGGUGGACGGCUCCCACCUCCUCGUCGCCGGACGCGGCGCUGAAGUCCUCUUCCUCGACGCCCUCACGUUGGAGCGCAAGCAGCGGCUGUCGAUUGGUGCGCCCGUGACGGCGCUCACGAUAUCCCCAGACGACCGCUUUCUUGUUGUGGGUCUCAAGGAUGGACGCAUUGUUGUCGCCACGCCCGUUGUGCGGGAGGAGCUGAGGGCGACGCGCGCGUCGUCGAUUGGGGCGAAACCGGCGCUGCGGCUCAUCUCCCGCACACUCAACACGGCCAAGACAGCAGCGGCAGGGCUGAAGAAGAAGAACAAGCACAAGAAAGGAAGAGGGCAACCAGGGAAGAGAGGGUCGCAGGAAAGGGAAAGUGGUGUGGAAGCUCUGCAGGAGGAAGAAGAAGAAGGGGUGGAGGAAGAGGAGGAAGAGGACUUAGUGGAGUUUGAAGAGGAUGAGGAGGAGGAGGAAGUGGAUGGAGAAGAAGAGGAAGAGGAAGUAAGUGGUGGUGGUGUUCGAGAUAUCGUGGUGGUGGAAUCGAGGGGAAAAGGAAGCGAAGGUGAAAAGCAGCGUGAGCACCAUGUGCCGGCAUCAGACGUGUGAGGACAGAGAAGGAGGUAGAGGGAGGUCGAUCAUUGGUUGUCUGUAAUGGAAUGGAAGUAAAACUCAGUCGAG